UUGAGCGUGGGAGUUUGAAUGUAUUUGUAUGUGAAGACUGAAGAAAAGGGGGGAUUCCUUUGCGAGGGAGAUGGGGAUGUGAGUCAGUGAAGGAGCUGAGUGGAUGAUAACAGCAGCUAAACUAUAUGUGUAUAGGUCUGAUAGGGAGAGGAGAGUAGAGGGAGACCGAGAAGGAGAGAGAGGAGGAGAGGAGUGUGCAGUCAUGUCUGUGAGUGCCAGAGGUAGCAUGGUGUCCCAGGAUGGGCCAUCCUCCGGAGGAAACGAGCGCAGGAACACGCGUGUGCAGCGAGCCGUGCGCAUCUCCAGCAUUGUAGCUCAGGAGGUGUUGUCUCUGGGUGCAGACGUGCUCCCAGAGUACAAGCUCCAGACUCCUCGCAUCCACAAGUGGACCAUCCUCCACUACAGCCCCUUCAAGGCGGUGUGGGACUGGCUCAUCCUGCUGCUGGUCAUCUACACCGCCAUCUUCACGCCCUACUCCGCCGCCUUCCUCCUCAGCGACCAGGAGGAGGCGGCCAUGCAGAGCUGUGGCUACUCCUGCUCCCCGCUCAACGUGGUCGACCUGAUCGUGGACAUCAUGUUCAUUGUGGACAUCGUCAUCAACUUCAGGACGACCUAUGUGAAUUCCAACGACGAGGUGGUGAGCCAGUCGUCGCGCAUCGCUGUCCACUACUUCAAGGGCUGGUUCCUCAUAGACAUGGUGGCUGCCAUCCCCUUUGACCUGCUCAUCUAUCGUUCCGGUGAAGAGACCACCACUCUCAUUGGCCUGCUGAAGACCGCUCGACUGCUCCGGUUGGUCCGUGUGGCCAGGAAGCUCGACCGUUACUCGGAGUACGGCGCCGCCGUCCUCUUCCUGCUCAUGUGCACCUUUGCUCUCAUCGCUCAUUGGCUGGCCUGUAUUUGGUACGCCAUCGGCAACGUGGAGAGGUCGGGCGUGGCCCGGAUCGGGUGGCUGGAUUCGCUAGGAGAUCAGCUGGGCAGGCCGUACAACGAGUCCCUCCCAGGCUCUGGACCGACCAUCAGGGACAAGUACGUCACGGCCCUCUACUUCACCUUCAGCAGUCUGACCAGCGUGGGCUUCGGAAACAUCUCCCCCAACACCAACUCGGAGAAGAUCUUCUCCAUCUGCGUCAUGCUCAUCGGCUCCCUCAUGUACGCCAGCAUCUUUGGCAACGUGUCGGCCAUCAUCCAGCGCCUGUACUCGGGCACAGCGCGCUACCACACCCAGAUGCUGCGGGUGCGAGAGUUCAUCCGCUUCCACCAGAUCCCCAACCCCCUCAGGCAGCGGCUGGAGGAGUACUUCCAGCACGCAUGGUCCUACACCAACGGCAUUGACAUGAACGCAGUUCUGAAGGGCUUCCCGGAGUGUCUGCAGGCUGACAUCUGCCUCCACCUCAACAGGACUCUGCUGCAAAACUGCAAGGCCUUCAAGGGCUCCACCAAGGGCUGCCUGAGAGCCCUCGCCAUGCGCUUCAAGACCACCCACGCUCCGCCCGGAGACACCCUGGUCCACGCCGGCGACGUCAUCUCAGCCCUCUACUUCAUCUCCCGAGGCUCCAUCGAGAUCCUCAGAGGAGACGUGGUGGUCGCCAUCUUGGGUAAGAAUGACAUAUUUGGAGAGCCCAUUAACCUGUACGGCCGUCCUGGGAAGUCGAGCUCAGACGUGAGGGCCUUGACCUACUGUGACCUCCACACCAUCCAGCGCGAGGACAUGCUGGAGGUGCUGGACAUGUACCCCGAGUUCUCAGACUACUUCUGGGGAAACCUGGAGAUCACCUUCAACCUGCGAGAUAACAACUUGUUUGCCGACUCCAUGGACAGCGAGGACUCAGACCAGGGGGGCUUAACUGGACGCCUCCACAGACACAAACUCUCCCUCCAACGGAAAUCUGAAGGAGUUGACCUGGAGCCAGGCGAGAGCAAUCCAUCUCAGAGAGCAGACCACAAAGCCGGGGGGAGAAUCAGCAAAAACCAAGGCAACAUGCACAACAUAGAGUCUGAGGGGCGGAGGACCUCCACAGACAGUCUCUCCCACUCCAGUGGGGAUGAAGAGGAGGGCUCAGUGUUCACUGAUCCCACCCAGCCCUCCUCACUGGCAGGUCUCCCUCACAACCACUCCACCAUGCUUCACCUCAGCAGCCACGUGGAGGCAGCUCAGGCCACCACCUGUAACUCCCUCUCAGAAGCUUUCUCAGGGGUCUCCAACAUCUUCAGCUUCUGGGGGGAGAACCGGGAGCGACAGCAUUAUCAACAAGUCCCCAGCCACAGCAGCUUCCCCUUACCCACUCCUCACCCUCCUCACCCCCCACCCCUGCCCACCAUCAGCCGGCGCCAGCGCACUGAGCUGGAGAACAGGCUGGACCUGCUACAGAGACAGCUGCACAGGCUGGAAUCCCGGAUGUCCACAGACAUGGGGGCCAUCAUGCAGCUUCUGCAGAGACAGAUGAUCCAGGUGCCCCCAUCCUACAGCACUGUGACCUUACCCCCCCACCAGUCCCCCCCUGCCUCUGUCCCCCACUCUCCCACUCAGGCAUCUUCUGCCGUCCUCACUCCCAGCCACAGUACUGAGGCCUCACUCCUUCCAGAGUCCCCCUCUGCCCCUCUGAACCUGUCCCCCAUGCUCACCCCCACCCAGUACUCCCCGAUCCACAAAUACGGCCCCUGGUCGACGGAGAAGCAGGCACGGCCUGUCCCCCUUCCGGAAGCAGACGCUCUCGUCUCUCUCACACAGGCCCAGGUCAAGCCAGAGCAGUCCAGGUCCUCUGAGUCUCUACACAACGCAGUUGAGCUACACCUCUUCCAGCCAACCCCUGCCCUGGACAGCCCAACUCAGAACCCCCCCCGUACCACCCACGGCCAACCAGAGCAGAAUCCCCUGGGUUCGGCCAACAAAAUACAAGAUGGAUCCUUCUCGUUGACCAAUGAUGGGAACUCAUUAGAGGUGCUCCUCUGGGCAGGGUCGGGACUCGUCCAAUCAGAGCCCUCGGAGAGCCAGCGGCGUCUCUCUCUGCCAGGGGACCCUGUUACCUGGGAGACCCCUGCAGCAACCCCACGGUUCAGAUCUGACCCUGGGAGUUAACUGGUCAACCUUCUGGACAUUAAUCAGUCUGACUUCUCACCAGUACUGGAGGGAACAGAAGCACAGACAAUGAUGACCAAUAACACUUGGUAAGACAUCCCUUAAGGGGUAGUCUGUAUCAGUAUAUGUACAACUUUGUGUAUGUACUAUGUGUAUGUAAUGGAUAACCAUAUGCAGUAUUCUCAUGGAAAACAUGUUGUUGUUGUUUACUUGUAACUCCUGUCGUUGUGUCACUGUUGUUGUUGGGUCAACUGGAAUGUUAGCCGGUCUAACAUGGCAUGCAUUGUACUAUCACUGUUGUUACAGAGAGAAAACCUCUAGUACUUCAGAGUAGCACUGUCCUCAUCCAGUAUAGUAAUAAUAUUCCAAAUGAAUAAGAAGAUUGAAGCCGAAUAAGAAGAUAAAAUGUAAUCAUUACAGAUUUUAAUGACCUAUCAUACUGAUGAACUGUACCAAACAAUGUGCACUUAACGUUGGUGUGGUACACACGCACUUUUCUCUAUUCCUCUCUUCCUUUGGCCUCUUCAACUUUAAUGUUGAAUGAGACAAAAGGCGGGAGAGUCGCAGAAUGAUGACAUAAUCUUGCAGACCAGAAGAGGAUCAGACAGAUGAUAUAAUCUCUCUGAGGAGGAUCACAACCUCACAGCAAUAUCCUUCAUACAAGACUCACUCUCUCUCCUCCCAUUUCGGCCUUUUCUCUCACACACACAUACAUUCGUUCACUUUGCUCAAGGUGGCAUACCACUGUAGAGAUGACUAUAAAGUCUUAUAGUUGUAUUGGAUAUAUUGUAUUCCAACUCUGAGAGAAUGAGAUUAACAAUGUUUACAAAUAGUAGGGAAUAACCUGUACUGUAUGUAUGAGCACCGUUUGUUGAAUAAGAUACCGUCUAUCUCCAUUGUGAAAUUGUAUUUAUAUGCUGUAUAUUUCAAAUGACUUGAAACAGAUCAUGAUUUGUUGUCUGCCAGAGUAGGACCAACCCUUCUGUUUGUGUAACAUGCAUUUAUGUUGGGUUCCCAGCAUCC